AUGACAAGACGAAACGCGGAGCAAGAUCGAUUACAGGACAUUCAGAAUCAUGCCGCAAUGCUUUGUGCAGCACCGGAAAUGCUAAGACAAAACGAAAAUCGAAGAAAAAUGCAACAAAGUUCAAAGCUUGUGCCGAUCAUACAGAAUGCUCUGGAAAUGACCAAACAGGACCAACGCAAUGACGAACUCCUGCAAAAUGCAAGGAUGGUAAACACAUCACAAACUGAGCCGGAAGCAACACAACGGAAUAAUGAGCAAGGACUGUUAGCAAACGCAAGAUUAAGAGAGAUGUUACAGAGCGCAUUGAAAAUGACAAGGAGGCAAAACCAUGAUCUAAUUGAACCAGAGCAUGCUAAAGAAGUCGUGAAAAUGCUAAAAGCUGCACUGAAUGUGACAAAACAGAGUCAGCUUCGACGAACGUCAUCAAACAGUGGGAACGCGAUGUUGGAAAUGACAAAAUCGAGUGUGCAACCUGCAGUACCCCCGAAGCAAAAUUCACAGUACCAACAAAUGAAUGACUAUCUACAACGUUAUGACAUGCAAGGUAGAACAGAACUACCAAACAACCUAUCAACUAUACCGCAGUUCAUAUACAAAUGGCAGGAGGAAAGUAUGCCGAUACUGAGCGUGGCUUCAGGGCGAACAAACCAAACCUCUGAGUCUAGAAAAUUACAAAAAAAUCCCAUUGCUAGGCAGAGGUCGGUGGCUCACAUGGAAAUCGUAAAAAGAAAUCAAGAAUCGUCAGGGUUGCGGAGUGGAGUUGAACUGGCACGAAUGUUGCAAGCUGCCCUAGAAAUGACACGACAAAAGGAGUCGCAAGAGAUCUUUCGGGGAAAUCCGUAUGUGGCACUAUUAUUACAAGCUGCUCUGGAAAUGACAAGACAAAACCAACAACCGGAAAUAAUACCACAAAGUAGUAAAUUGGCAGAGUUGUUACAAAUGGCAUUGGAAGUCACCAAAGCAAGUAACCAAUCCCCACAACCGGAGCAGCUCUCGAAGGUGACGGAGCUGUUGCAGAGGGCACUGGACAUGACAAGACGAAACGCGGAGCUAUCUCGCCUACAAGAACAAUAUUCAAGGCUGGUACGGUUACUGCAAACUGCUCUGGAUAUGUCCAAACAAAACAGAACAGAAAUAAGAGCGGAACAGAAAAUUCGUAAUCUCGUUCCGAUCAUACAAGCUGCUCUGGAAAUGAUAAGAGGGGGACAAAGAUAUUUAACGGCACCAUAUAGUGUAAAUUUGGGUCGUGUGUAUUGCACAGCAAAGCAGAAACCGUUGCGAUUCUACUCAAAGCAAAAUUUUGUUCCAUUAGAGGGUCGAAGUCGGUCAUGGAACCCUCCAGAAAAGAAUGCAAAAAUGAUGCUGACGUCACAAAUACCUCUAAAAAAGAUGUUGCAGAAUCAACAUAAUGCUCUCCCAGAACGAUAUCAAUCAAAACUUUUUCAUGACAACGCUCGAGUGACGCAGUCAACGCAAUUAAUCGGGCACAGUCAAAAGCAAAAAUCGCCUCAACGCCAUUCUGAACGAGAGAAGUGGUCCGAUGGAACGAAACAAAUUAGACAUAAACGAGAUCAAAAGCAGUCAAGAGAUGGAGCAAAAUUAAUGGAGAUCACGAAGGGUUCGCCGAAAAUGACCAAUAAAAGUAAUGCAAAUCGACAUCCUAAACAAAAUAGGAAGACGUCACAGACGGUGCAGACUGCAAUUGAACUUGAAUGUCGAAGUCAUAAUGAAAAGCUGUCGUCGAACGAAUCAAAAACUUCGCACCCCACAGUGAAUGCGGCAAGUGGAAAUGAGCAGCAUGGACGACUGAAACGAAAUGAAAAAACGAUUAUUCGCUCUCAGCCACGAACGAAACAUCAAAACAAAAGACAUUCACAUCAAAUUCGGGUUUCACAAAGUGCCCCGCAAAUGACAACUAAAAAUCAACCACGGUUCAAAAUGAAGCGUGAUAAGUGGACUACGAUGAGAAAACAACGAGAUCAGCAGUCACGAAGCUGUUCACAGUCACAGAAAUAUUCAUACAGCGAACCCGAGGCUUAUGCUGCAUAUGACAAAGAAUACCAAGCUGAACGAAUAGCUCGGAAGAUUCAUCGCAAUAAAAAGUUGCAGCGAUAUCAAUCCAAAUCCCGCAAGAAUCGUGCGGAUGAUAUCCGACGUGACGAUUACCGUUCUGCCGAGGAAUAG